CUUAGCUUUUCGAGGCAUGAACAUGGAUGAGCCUUUUGAUGGGAAUCAAAGCACAUUUCAGACAAUUAAAACAGCAAACGUUCAGCUUGGAGGCAUUUUUAUCGUUUCUGCUAUGACUUUACAUGUUUUACGAGGUGAUUCUCCUCAUCUGACAAUAAAAGACUCCGGAAACAGAAUUUGUUACUCUGCUGUUCCAUCAACAACUACGAUUUACUUCGAUCGAGUGUUCAAAACAAAAAGUUUGUCAAUGUAUUUUAGUAAAGAAGUUACCAUUAAAGAAAUAGAGGUGUUCGGUGGUAAGAAUAUUGCCCUCUGGAAAGCUACUGAACAGUCGACAACUCUGAAUGAAGCUUACACGUCUGAUAAAGCUGUAGACGGUUUAGGUAAUGGUGAUGAUAUAAACACGUGUUCACACACAUCUGAACUUCCCUCACCUCCAACCUGGAACGUUAGUUUGGGGAAUAAUUUCUCUGUGACUUCAAUGUACAUUGUCAAUAGAAAAGACUUCGGUGAGUAUAAUUCUAAUUAUUAUACCCCCCGUUUAAAUGACCAAUUUUGUAUGUCUGUGCGUGAGAGGGCAUGUUUAUAA